AGGAGGAGAGAGGAAGUGGUGUGGACAACUGAUCCUGAGAGAAGUGCAGGCGGAGGGUGGUGGGGCUGGAGGGUCCUGGCCCAGGAUAAAGAGAGGGUGCCUGAGACUGGGGCAGCUCAGGCUGCUAACCCAGGGGACUGGUGGUUUCCGGGUAACUGAGCUCUUGGCAAUGUCCCAGUGAUUCCAGCUGGGCCUUUCUGGGUUGUAAUCAGCUUUCUUUCUCCUUUCUCCUCCUCCUUCUUCUUUCCACUCUCACUCUGUCUCUUCCUCUGGGGUCCCUGGGUCUUCUUCCUUGCUUUCAACUCCUAUUCCCCCAUCUCUAAGCCCUCCUCGGCCCUGCCCCUCUGUACUGGCCUGGAGUUCCUUUCCCCUCUCCAGAGCCUCAGGAACUCUGCCUCCAGCACUCUGCCCUGCAGGAUGCCGCAGCUGAGCCUGUCCUGGCUGGGCCUGGGGCCAGUUGCAGCUUCCCCGUGGCUGCUGCUGCUGCUGAUUGGGGCCUCCUGGCUUGUGGCCUGUGUCCUGGCCUGGACCUACUCCUUCUAUGACAACUGUCGCCGCCUCCGCUGUUUCCCGCAGCCUCCAAAACGGAAUUGGUUUUGGGGUCACCUGGGCCUGGUCCAGAGCAAUGAAGAGGGCAUGCGGCUUGUGGAGGAUCUGGGCCACUACUUCCGUGAUGUCCACCUCUGGUGGAUGGGCCCCUUCUGCCCCAUCCUGCGACUUGUCCACCCUAAGUUCGUUGCCCCUCUGCUCCAGGCCCCAGCUACCGUCACACCCAAGGAUAUGACUUUCUAUGGCUUCCUAAAACCCUGGCUGGGGGAUGGGCUCUUGCUGAGUGCUGGUAACAAGUGGAGCCACCACCGCCGUCUGCUGACACCUGCCUUCCACUUUGAAAUCCUGAAGCUUUAUAUGAAGAUUUUCAACAAGAGUGCAGACAUCAUGCAUGGCAAGUGGCAGCGCCUGGUCUCUGGGGGCUGUGCCUGUCUGGACAUGUUUGAGCACAUCAGCCUCAUGACUUUGGACAUUCUUCAGAAAUGUGUCUUCAGCUUCGAUAGCAAUUGCCAGGAGAAUCCCAGUGAAUAUAUUGCUGCCAUCUUGGAGCUCAGUGCCCUCAUAGUGAAACGAUACCGGCAGAUCUUCCUGCACUUGGACUUCCUGUACUACCUCACCCCAGAUGGACGGCGCUUCCGUAAGGCCUGCAACAUAGUGCAUGAGUUCACAGACACCAUCAUCCAGGAACGACGUCGUACCCUCCAGAGGCAGAGUGUUGAUGACAUCCUCAAAGCCAAGACCAAGUCCAAAACCUUGGACUUCAUUGAUGUACUUCUGCUGAGCAAGGAUGAAAAUGGGAAGGAGUUGUCAGACAAGGAUAUACGAGCAGAGGCUGAUACCUUCAUGUUUGCAGGGCCUCAAUAUCUGGGAACUGUCCACCCCCUGGUGCUGAAGCAGCCCAGAGACUCAAGCCUGCCUGGCUGCUCCUCAGGCCAUGACACCACAGCCAGUGGUCUCUCCUGGGUCCUGUACAACCUUGCAAGGCACCCGGAAUACCAGGACCGCUGCCGACUGGAGGUGAGAGAGCUUCUGAAGGACCGUGAGCCUAAAGAGAUUGAAUGGGAGGAUCUGGCCCAGCUGCCCUUCCUGACCAUGUGCAUCAAAGAGAGUCUGCGGCUGCAUCCCCCAGUCACUGUCAUGUCCCGCUGCUGUACCCAGGAUGUUGUGCUCCCAGAUGGUCGAGUCAUCCCCAAAGGAAACAUCUGUAUGGUCAGCAUCUUCGGGAUUCAUCAUAAUCCGUUUAUGACCCCUUCCGCUUUGAUCCUGAAAAUCCCCAGAAGAGGUCACCAUUGGCAUUUAUUCCUUUCUCCGCAGGGCCCAGGAACUGCAUCGGGCAGACCUUCGCGAUGACCGAGAUGAAGGUGGUUCUGGCGCUCACGCUGCUGCGCUUCCGCGUCCUGCCUGACAACACCGAGGCGCGCAGGAAGCCGGAGCUGAUCCUCCGGGCUGAGGGAGGCCUUUGGCUGCGGGUGGAGCCGCUGAGUGCAGACCCUCAGUGAUUCACUCCCUCUUGGCCUUUGACCCAAUCCACCCCCACCCCCUGCCUUUUCAUAUUCUCAGGAAUAAAACUGCUGUCCUCUG